AGUACAUCGCUAAGUCAUGUAUCCUAAUGUCACCUGUGGUAGCAUGAAACGGCUGUGCGGCUCAUAGAAUUAAUUACACAAUAUUUAAUAAAAAUGGACAACUUUAAUUUCGGUGGGUCGCAGUUAUCGCGAAAUGAAAUAAUUCAGUUACUACUUCGAGUGUCCAUUGCAUCUGUCAUCACAUUUUAUUCGGUCAAAUGGAUGAUGAACCAACUCGAUCCCACGAGCAAGAACAAAAAGAAGGCCAAAUUGCGUGCUGAAGAACAAUUAAAGAGGCUAGGCGAUCAGAGUGGUUUCAAAGUAAAUCCACAACAAUUUAAUGACUAUGAACUUAUGAUUGCCACACAUUUAGUUGUGCCUGCAGAUAUAACAGUGAGCUGGAAUGAUAUUGCUGGACUUGAUGAUGUUAUCCAGGAAUUACGUGAGUCGGUUGUGUUACCAGUGAGACAUCGGGAUUUAUUUAAUCAGUCAAAACUGUGGCAAGCACCAAAAGGUGUAUUGUUGCACGGACCACCGGGAUGUGGUAAAACCUUGAUCGCAAAAGCAACUGCAAAAGAAGCUGGUAUGCGUUUUAUAAACUUGGAUGUAGCAAUUCUAACUGACAAAUGGUAUGGUGAAUCACAGAAAUUGGCAUCGGCAGUAUUCUCGUUGGCUAUUAAAAUUCAGCCUUGCAUAAUUUUCAUAGACGAAAUCGAUUCAUUUUUGCGCAGUCGCAACUCUAACGACCAUGAGGCUACCGCAAUGAUGAAAACUCAAUUUAUGAUGUUAUGGGAUGGACUUAAUACAAAUUCAAAUUCAACAGUUAUUGUUAUGGGCGCAACAAAUCGUCCAAAAGAUUUAGAUAAGGCUAUCAUUCGCCGUAUGCCCGCACAAUUUCAUAUUGGACUACCGACCGAAGUCCAACGAUUACAGAUUUUGAAAUUGAUUUUAGAAACUGAAUGCGUACACAAUGAUGUUGAUUUUAAUCGUUUAGCGAAACUAACAAACGGAUUUUCUGGUUCGGAUUUAAGAGAAAUGUGUCGAAAUGCUUCAGUCUAUAGAAUGCGUUUAUUCAUGCGAUCUAAUGAGAAUCAACUAACCGAAACGUCGGCGUCAUUAGCUCAGCCAUCUACAUCGGCACACGCUGCUAUCGAAUUGAGUAAUUCUCUAAUUGCUAUUUCUAUGGAAGAUCUCCUUAAAUCAUAUGAUAAAAUGAAGGAGUCAAAAUUGCACACGGGUAAUUUAUUUAUGGAAAAUCGAAUAGAAUUAGAUUAGAUACAUAGUUAACGAAUAUACAGUUGCUUGAAAGUUACACACUUACACGCAUUCAUACAUAAAAAAUAUUCACAAAAGUGAUUGAUUCCAAAUUGUUUGUUGGAAAUGAAUUAUCUAUAUAUAUGUAGAUUUAACACCUGAAUCAAUUUGUUUUAUACAUUUUUAUGUAGAAAAUAAAAAAAAUAUUUAGUAGUACACUACUAUCUGAGCAAUUAAAUAUAUACACAUAUUUAAAAAAAGUUACUUAAAAACCAACUUUUAAUAUAAUAAUAAAAUGUAUAUUCUUGCCUAUUAUUACAUAUAUUUGAUGACAAAAUAAAUUAUUAUGGAAUCUUCAUGGGACUUUGUUUUUAAUCAUAUUACUCAUGCUCUGAUAUUUUAAUAUAGGGAACCCCAUAAUUUUAGAUGGUCUAUCGAUGGACGCAAAAGAAAUUGUUCAUAGAAAAUUUUUGAAAAUAGUAGUAUGCAACGAAAAUUGAAUAGUAAAAUAUAUAAAUGUUUUAUUUUCUUUAUUCUACCAUUUUAUUUAAAAUGAUUUUAACAAAUUUUACAACUAAAAAGAAUUAACAAUUGUAAAGUGCACUCCAUACAAAUGUACUUCCACCAAUUGAAAACUCGAUAACUUUUUUCUAAUCGAGAAUCGAACGAAAUCAUCGAUACAUUGGUCGAUUUUCGCAAAUUCACAAUUGUGUAUAGGAAUUAGUUUAAUUGUAGCGUGUACAUCUCCCAAUCAGCGUAGUAGCGAAAUUUGCGGACUUCGUAAUUCUAAAUAAUUAUUUAAAAAAUGGCCUCAACUCUAGCUGCAGACCGUUUCUGGGUGGAUAAGGCAAAUUGCCAUAAUGCCGAACGUCAAUACUACGAA